AUGACUGAUGUAAAUAGAUUUUGGAAAAACAUUGAGUUCAUUAACAAAAACGAUUCAAUUAGAACACAUAUACCAACAUCCAAGCCUGCAACUCAAAAACCCGCUCCAACAAAACCAGGACCAACUUACUUGCCCCCUGCGUCAAAAUCACAAGCUGCUGCUCAAGCACCAAGAGCUCAACCUCCAAAGGCUGUCGCAAAACCAACUGAUGAGUAUUUACCUCCUCCAGCAAAGGCUUCUGCUCAAGCAUCUGUAAAUCGCGCAGCUCCAAAGCCCGCUGCUCCAAAACCUGCUGCUCCAAAACCAGCUGCUCCAAAAGCUGCACCAAAACCCGCUGCCAAGCCCGAUAAAGAAUAUUUGCCUCCUCCAAGUGCAUCAGCUCAAGCUUCCGCAAAUCGCGCAGCUCCAAAACCCGCUGCUCCAAAACCAGCUGCUCCAAAAGCUGCCCCAAAACCCGCUGCCAAGCCCGAUAAAGAAUAUUUGCCUCCUCCAAGUGCAUCAGCUCAAGCUUCCGCAAAUCGCGCAGCUCCAAAACCCGCUGCCCCAAAACCUGCUGCUCCAAAAGCUGCCCCAAAACCCGCUGCCAAGCCCGAUAAAGAAUAUUUGCCUCCUCCAAGUGCAUCAGCUCAAGCUUCCGCAAAUCGCGCAGCUCCAAAACCCGCUGCCCCAAAACCUGCUGCUCCAAAAGCUGCCCCAAAACCCGCUGCCAAGCCCGAUAAAGAAUAUUUGCCUCCUCCAAGUGCAUCAGCUCAAGCAUCCGCAAAUCGCGCAGCUCCAAAACCCGCUGCCCCAAAACCUGCUGCUCCAAAAGCUGCCCCAAAACCCGCUGCCAAGCCCGAUAAAGAAUAUUUGCCUCCUCCAAGUGCAUCAGCUCAAGCAUCCGCAAAUCGUAAUGCUCCAAAGCCCGCUGCCCCAAAACCCGCUGCCCCAAAACCAGCUGCUCCAAAACCAGCUGCUCCAAAAGCUGCCCCAAAACCCGCUGCCAAGCCCGAUAAAGAAUAUUUGCCUCCUCCAAGUGCAUCAGCUCCAAAACCCGCUGCUCCAAAACCUGUAGCUCCAAAAUCUGCGCCCAAACCUCCUCCAAAGCCAGCAUCAAAGCCCGAUAACACAUACUUGCCUCCCGCUGGACCAGCUGGAAAAUCUCCCGCAAAGCCCGCAGUAAAGCCUGAUGCUAAUUAUUUGCCUCCAAAUGCUCCAAGUGACAAUGGAUUCGAAGCUCCUCCAUAUUUGCCUCCUGAUCAGCAAAAGGCCCAAAGAACAACACCUUCCCCUAAAGCUGUUCCUCCAAAGCCUCCAAGACCCGCAUUGCCAGCUAAGCCUCAACCUCCAAAGGCCCCUGCUCCAAAGAAGGAAACAACUGUCCAAAAAGACAAACCUCUUCCCGCUGCGCCAAGACCUCCUCCACCAAAGGCAGCUCCAAGACCUCCUCCUCCGCCAACAAAGCCUCGUCCACAAACGACACCCAAACCAAAUUUGGCACCCGGAAACUACGUCUAUGAAGCACCCCAAACACAAUUCUUGAUCAAUGCUUAA